AGGCGGGAGAUGACCGUUAACCUAACAAAAACUAUCACAUGCAAAAAGCCAAAUACGGGAAGAAAAGAAAGGAGUUUUAGAGGGGGCAGUAUUCCUUACAGUCAUUUCCAGUCUGGUACCUCAGCUGGUGUGAGUCAACAUUUUCUCCUUCCCUCUCUCUCUAGGAAAUCCUCCUUUUUGACCCGGUCCAGUCACCCAAAACCGAAAGAAAAAGAUCCCAUUUUUAUUUUUUUCUUAAAUUUUAUUCUCAGCUCCUCAAAACGCACAAAAAUUCGAAUUUUGGCCUCUAAAUUUAGCACAGAUCUGCUGCUAAAUUUAGAGGUAAAAGGAAUCGAUUAGGGUUUUUUAACGACAGAACAAACAGAUAGUCAUCUGCCCAAGAUGAUGAUCUCCAGGGGAUUAUUCGGAUGGUCCCCGCCGCAUAUACAACCGUUGACGCCGGUCUCCGAGGUUUCCGAGCCGCCGGAGAGUCCGUCUCCGUACUUAGAUACCAGUGCGGAGGCGGCCGCCGCCGCUGCUGCGGCGGCUCAAGCUGAAGCAGAUGAGGAGAUCGAGGAGGCCGAGGAGAUGGAGCCGCCGCCAGCUGCUGUUCCUUUCUCCGGGUUGUUUGCUUGUGCUGAUAGGUUAGAUUGGGGGCUCAUGAUCGUUGGGUCGCUUGCAGCGGCUGCGCAUGGGACUGCUCUUGUUGUUUACUUGCAUUACUUUGGGAAGAUUAUUGGGGUUUUGAGGACUGCGCCGGAGGAGCGAUUUGACAGGUUUACUGAUCUUGCUAUGCACAUUGUUUAUUUAGCCGUGGGAGUUUUUGCUGCUGGUUGGAUUGAGGUUUCCUGCUGGAUUUUAACUGGGGAACGUCAGACCGCGGUCAUCAGGUCAAAGUAUGUUCAGGUAUUACUCAAUCAAGACAUGAGCUUUUUCGAUACAUAUGGGAAUAACGGGGAUAUUGUUAGCCAAGUAUUGAGUGACGUGCUCCUCAUUCAAUCUGCAUUGAGUGAAAAGGUCGGAAAUUAUAUUCAUAAUAUGGCUACAUUUUUCAGUGGUCUUGCUAUUGGAUUUGUCAACUGCUGGCAAAUUGCACUAAUAACAUUAGCCACUGGCCCAUUCAUUGUUGCUGCUGGAGGUAUCUCAAAUAUAUUUCUUCAUAGGCUUUCUGAGAGCAUUCAAGAUGCAUAUGCUGAAGCUGCUAGCAUUGCUGAACAGGCAGUCUCUUAUAGUAGGACCUUGUAUGCAUUCACAAAUGAAACUCUGGCAAAGUAUUCAUAUGCAACAUCACUACAAGCAACUUUGAGAUAUGGUAUUUUGAUUAGCCUUGUUCAAGGACUUGGGCUUGGUUUUACGUAUGGGCUUGCAAUAUGUUCUUGUGCCUUGCAACUUUGGGUUGGAAGGUUUCUGGUUACAAGUCAUAAAGCUCAUGGUGGUGAAAUAGUAACAGCCCUGUUUGCUAUAAUUUUAAGUGGCCUUGGGCUGAAUCAAGCUGCAACCAAUUUCUAUUCAUUUGACCAAGGACGAAUUGCUGCAUAUAGACUCUUUGAGAUGAUAAGUCGGUCAUCCUCCACAGUUAAUCAGGAUGGGAACAACCUAGUGGCAGUGCAAGGAAAUAUUGAGUUUCGAAAUGUUUAUUUUAGCUAUCUGUCUCGUCCUGAGAUUCCCAUCUUGAGUGGAUUUUACCUCACUGUACCAGCUAAAAAGACAGUGGCUCUUGUUGGAAGAAAUGGUUCUGGAAAGAGCAGCAUUAUCCCACUCAUGGAGCGCUUUUAUGAUCCUAACUUAGGAGAAGUUCUUCUUGAUGGAGAGAAUAUUAAAAACCUGAAACUGGAAUGGCUCAGAAGCCAAAUAGGGCUGGUCACCCAGGAACCUGCCUUGCUGAGUUUGAGUAUAAGAGAUAAUAUUGUAUAUGGACGAGAUGCUACUUUGGAUCAGAUUGAGGAAGCUGCCAAAAUAGCACAUGCACACACAUUUAUCAGUUCACUUGAAAAAGGCUACGAGACACAGGUUGGUAGGGCUGGUUUGGCAUUGACUGAGGAGCAGAAAAUUAAACUUUCUAUUGCCAGGGCAGUGCUUUUAAAUCCAACAAUUCUUCUGCUUGAUGAGGUCACUGGUGGACUUGAUUUUGAAGCUGAGAGAGCAGUUCAAGAGGCACUAGAUCUUCUCAUGUUGGGACGUUCAACCAUUAUAAUAGCUAGACGUCUUAGUCUAAUUAGGAAUGCUGAUUAUAUAGCUGUAAUGGAGGAGGGUCAGCUUGUUGAAAUGGGUACACAUGAUGAAUUAUUAACCUUAAAUGGUCUAUAUGCAGAGCUUCUCAAAUGCGAAGAAGCAGCAAAACUUCCAAGGAGGAUGCCAGUUAGAAACUACAAGGAUACUGCUGCUUUCCAGGUUGAAAAGGAUCCCUCAACAGGCCACAGCUAUCAAGAACCAUCCUCCCCUAAAAUAGCCAGGUCACCAUCACUUCAGAGAGCUCCUGGUAUAUUUCGGCCUCCAGAUAGCAUGUUUAAUUCACAAGAAUCACCAAAAGUUCUCAGCCCACCACCAGAGAAGAUGAUGGAAAACGGCCUUCCCUUGGAUGGAGCUGAUAAGGAACCAUCAAUAAGAAGGCAGGAUAGUUUUGAAAUGAGACUACCUGAAUUACCCAAGAUUGAUGUCCAGUCUGCACAUAGACAGACAUCAAAUGGUUCAGACCCUGAAUCCCCUGUUUCUCCACUUUUGACAUCUGAUCCUAAAAAUGAGCGUUCCCACUCGCAGACUUUCAGUCGACCCCACAGUCACUCAGAUGAUGUUCCAAUUAAAGUGAAGGAAUCAAAGGAUACAAAGCAUCUGGAAGAACCAUCAUUUUGGAGACUAGCAGAGCUUAGUUUGGCAGAGUGGCUUUAUGCUGUUUUAGGAAGCAUUGGUGCUGCUAUUUUUGGUUCUUUCAAUCCACUACUUGCUUAUGUUAUUUCACUGAUAGUGACUGCUUAUUAUGGAGGAGGAGAACACUUGCAGCAGGAGGUAAACAGGUGGUGCUUGAUGAUUGCCAUCAUGGGUGUGGUGACUGUUGUUGCCAAUUUCUUGCAGCACUUCUAUUUUGGUAUCAUGGGAGAGAAAAUGACUGAACGUGUCCGCAGAAUGAUGUUUUCAGCAAUGCUGCGGAAUGAAGUCGGAUGGUUCGAUGAAGAGGAUAAUGGUGCUGACACGUUAUCCAUGCGCUUGGCAAAUGAUGCUACUUUUGUAAGAGCUGCAUUCAGCAACCGACUUUCAAUAUUUAUACAGGACAGUGCUGCAGUUAUUGUGGCUGUUGUCAUUGGGAUGCUGCUUCAGUGGCGAUUGGCUCUUGUAGCACUGGCAACCUUGCCAGUUCUCACUGUCUCUGCAAUUGCACAGAAGUUGUGGCUUGCUGGAUUUUCUAGGGGCAUCCAGGAGAUGCACAGAAAAGCAUCAUUAGUCCUUGAGGAUUCUGUUAGAAACAUUUAUACAGUUGUGGCAUUCUGUGCGGGUAAUAAAGUAAUGGAGCUCUACAGAUUUCAACUACAGAAAAUAUUUAAGCAGAGUUUUGUCCUUGGAAUGGCCAUUGGUUUUGGAUUUGGUUUUUCUCAGUUUCUUCUCUUCGCCUGUAAUGCCCUUCUUCUCUGGUACACUGCGUACUCUGUAAAGAAUCACAAUGUGAAUCUUCAUACGGCUCUCAAGGAGUAUAUGGUUUUUUCUUUUGCAACAUUUGCACUGGUGGAGCCUUUUGGAUUGGCUCCCUACAUUCUUAAGCGGCGAAAAUCUCUUAUUUCAGUGUUUGAAAUUAUAGAUCGAGAACCUAAGAUUGACCCAGAUGAUAACUCAGCACUGAAGCCUCCUAAUGUUUAUGGAAGCAUUGAGUUGAAGAAUGUGGAUUUCUGUUAUCCAACUCGUCCAGAAAUGUUGGUAUUGAGCAAUUUCAGUCUCAAGGUGAAUGGAGGACAAACUGUAGCUGUCGUGGGAGUUUCAGGGUCUGGAAAAAGCACUAUAAUUUCUUUAAUUGAAAGAUUUUAUGAUCCAGUUGCCGGUCAAGUCCUACUGGAUGGCCGGGAUUUAAAACUUUAUAAUUUGAGAUGGUUGAGGAAUCAUUGGUCUUGUUCAGCACUUGGUCUUGUACAGCAGGAACCGAUUAUCUUCUCAACAACUAUAAGAGAAAAUAUUAUAUAUGCUAGGCACAAUGCCAGCGAGGCUGAGGUGAAAGAGGCUGCAAGAAUUGCUAAUGCUCACCAUUUCAUCAGUAGUCUGCCUCAUGGUUAUGACACACAUGUGGGAAUGAGGGGCGUGGACCUUACCCCAGGGCAGAAGCAGAGAAUUGCAAUAGCUCGAGUGGUGUUGAAGAAUGCACCCAUCUUGUUAUUGGAUGAAGCCAGCUCAUCCAUCGAAUCUGAAUCAAGUCGAGUGGUACAAGAGGCACUAGAUACUCUUAUUAUGGGAAACAAAACUACCAUUUUGAUAGCUCAUAGAACUGCAAUGAUGAGGCAUGUUGACAACAUUGUGGUUCUAAAUGGAGGACGAAUUGUUGAGGAAGGGGCCCAUGAUUCUUUGAUGGCAAAGAAUGGUUUGUAUGUCCGUCUGAUGCAACCCCACUUUGGAAAGGGUUUGCGACAACAUCGGUUGAUUUAAGGUUGGGCUACAGUGUUGAAAUUUCCAUCUGGUUCACCUGUAUAGUUCUUCUGGGCCAUCUUGAAUUUCUUGAAACGUGUAUACCUGCUAGUGCUUCUAGAAAUAUCAGUAGGUUGGAGUUUCCAGAUUACACAAGAAGCUAAUGAGAAUGAUGAAGCUUUUGACAGCGUUUUCUAUGGCUAAAAUGAGAUGGAGCAGUGGUGGCAGUGAUAGCUAUGUUGUUCAGAUGUAGGAUUUAGAAAUAGGGAUCUUGGAUUUUGUUUGGCUGGCGAGGAAAUGCUCUUUCGAGAGGCUAGAUGCGACCAUAUUCUUUUGGAGGGAAGCAUUACGUUGUUGCUUCGUCUCCAUGAUUGAUUUUUUCGUUAGUCAGGGAUUGGGUGGAGGAGAUAAUUCUAGUCCUAAUGGGGUGUGUUUCCUGGUUUUUGUUCUCUUUUGUGAGUAUUUUUCUCCCUUAAAUGAAUUUAUGCGACUGACUAGCUUGGGUGUGUUUACUGUAAAUUUUACAUUUGUGAACUUGAAAGAAAGUUCAGAAUAGGGUAAGAGGUGAGAGAAUUUGUUGCGAUCUUUGUAAAUAACCACGCGGUUAAUUUAUAACCUGUUAACUU